GGAGCCUAGGGCAUUGCCCAUCAUGGUGAAGACUGCCUACCACCCUGUGUGGGAGGCUGUGAUGAGAAAGCUAUUCCUGAGAAGGACUGCUGUCUGCUCAGUAUCCUGGAGUGUGUGCUAGGGAAGCAGUCUUGGCCUGCAAGGUUCCCGAAGGGUCUUGUGGGGCCCCUAGAGUUUGCAGAAACCAAUUGAGCAGAGCAGAGGCUGGAGAGGUGGUUCUGGGUGAGCUCAAGGUGGGUUGUGACAGGGCAUUACUGUGGCUGUGCUUUGGCCUCUGCCUGCUACCCCUAUUCCUAGGGAGGGUAGCUUCAUUGUAAUGGAGGGGUUAGGUCCGAGUGGGCUGUUUGCCUUUAAAAGCUCCUGCCUGGAGGCCCUUCUUGCUUUGUGGUUUACCUCAGCUCCCUCCAGGCUGGAGACAGCGUGGCCCUGCUCUGGAGGCAGGCAGUAGAGUUCCAACUUGAUUGGCGCUGGUUGGGUAUUGGCUUAGGCAGGGAGAUGGAAGAUGGUAUGAAAGCCAGCCUGCCUGGGCGAGCCCUGCUGCUCCACAGAGCUGGGCAUGUCCCUUGGUUUCUUGGGCCUUGGCUUGCUCAUUUGUGAAACUGGCUGGGGAACAUCCUUGUGCCUGGUAUUCUGUGGAGCUCAGAAGUUGAGCACAGAGGCAGGAGAGUAGAAGGAGCAGGUUUGAGAGGGUUUGCUGAGAUGGUGCUACCAGUGGGGGACUAAGGCCACAGCUCAGGCCUGGGGGGAGCUCUCACUGUCAGAUGGAAGUCUGGCUCUCUUGGGACAGUCGCAGGUCAGAGUGGGCCAGCAAGCUGGAUAUUAUGAAUUGAAUUUUACCCCACUAUACCCUGUGCCCUUUGGGUCUCUUUUAGCACCACCCUCUGGGAAGGACUGAACAGGGUCUGGCCGCGGACUGUGUGCAGAUGCUCAAGUCCCAUGGUUCACUGGCGGUUCUGCCUCGCUGUGUGUCAGCGAGGACAGGCUUAGGGGUACUGGGUUAGUAGCUCUGAAAGAGGUGUCCCAUCUUUGUCUUUCCAGAUCUUUUGUCUGUCCUUGUCACUGUCCCUGCUUGUCCUGGCUGGGUGGAUGAGUUUGGGGCUCUGGGACAGAUCAUGCCCCAGGGAACUGUGCUAAUGAUAAGGACAGGCCUAGGUCUCUACCUGCCACCCUCUGUGUGUGUUCACAGCAAGUGGCCCCAGCAGCCUCCCUUGCUUGGGCUGCAGGCUGAAGCCGCUGAGACAGGCCCUCUGAUACAGAAGGAGCGGGUGUGAGCAGCAGUGGCUAUUUAUGGGUCCUUAUCUCUGCCACCUUUGCUGGGCCCUGAGUCAAACUGAAAGGGUGUCAGGCUGUUCCUUCAUUUUGGUCCCUGUCCUACCUAGACUUUGUCCCUCUUUCCUGGUCCUGUCCCUCCAUCCUGGGUCCCUAACCUCCUUCCUAGUUGUUCCUGAGCCUUCCUUUGUGGCUCAGACUGGGGACUCUACAGAGCAUCACCUGCCCCAGAGUCUAUCUCCUGCAGCGGGCCUGGAAGGCAAAGAGAGGUGGGAGUGGAGCCAAAUGCGGCUAAGCCGGAGCUCCUCAUCUGGGGAGGGCAGGAAAUGGCCAAUUCUGUCUACCUGGUCAUGGAGUAUUGUAAUGGUGGAGACCUGGCUGACUAUCUGCACACCAUGCGCACACUGAGUGAAGACACUGUCAGGCUGUUCCUACAGCAGAUUGCAGGCGCCAUGCAGCUGUUACACAGCAAGGGCAUCAUCCACCGAGAUCUGAAGCCCCAGAACAUUCUGCUGUCCAAUCCUGGGGGUCGCCGAGCAAACCCUAGUAACAUCCGAGUCAAGAUUGCUGACUUUGGAUUUGCCCGGUACCUCCAGAGCAACAUGAUGGCAGCCACACUCUGCGGUUCUCCUAUGUACAUGGCCCCUGAGGUCAUCAUGUCCCAGCACUAUGAUGGGAAGGCUGACCUAUGGAGCAUCGGCACCAUCGUCUACCAGUGUCUGACAGGGAAGGCCCCAUUUCAGGCCAGCAGCCCUCAGGACCUGCGCCUGUUUUAUGAGAAAAACAAGACACUAGUUCCUGCCAUCCCGCGGGAGACAUCAGCUCCCCUGAGGCAGCUGCUCCUGGCGUUGUUGCAGCGCAACCACAAGGACCGCAUGGACUUUGAUGAAUUUUUCCACCACCCUUUCUUAGAUGCCAGCACCACCAUCAAGAAGUCCCCACCUGUGCCUGUGCCCUCGUAUCCAAGCUCAGGGUCUGGCAGCAGCUCUAGCAGUAGCUCUGCAUCACACCUGGCCUCCCCGCCGUCCUUGGGGGAGAUGCCGCAGCUACAGAAGACCCUUACCUCCCCAGCCGACGCUGCUGGCUUUCUGCAGGGUUCCCGGGACUCUGGUGGAAGCAGCAAAGACUCCUGUGACACAGACGACUUUGUCAUGGUCCCAGCCCAGUUUCCAGGUGACCUAGUAGCUGAGGCAGCCAUUGCCAAGCCCCCACCUGACAGUCUGCUGUGUAGUGGGAGCUCGCUGGUGGCCUCUGCUGGCCUAGAGAGCCAUGGUCGCACCCCGUCUCCCUCUCCAACCUGCAGCAGUUCUCCUAGUCCCUCGGGCCGGCCUGGCCCCUUCUCCAGCAACAGGUGCGGUGCCUCGGUCCCCAUUCCUGUCCCCACUCAGGUGCAUAACUACCAGCGCAUCGAGCAGAAUCUGCAGUCGCCCACUCAGCACCAGGCGGCCCGGUCCUCUGCCAUCAGACGGUCAGGUAGCACCAGCCCCCUGGGCUUUGCUCGGGCCAGCCCAUCUCCCCCCUCCCACACUGAUGGAGCCAUGUUGGCCAGGAAGCUGUCAUUAGGAGGUGGCCGUCCUUAUACACCCUCUCCCCAAGCCACCUUUUCAGUGGGAACCAUCCCUGAGCGGCCCGGCUGGAACAGAGUGCCCUCCCCACAAGGAGCUGAUAUGCGAGCUGGCAGAUCACCACGACCAGGCUCCUCUGUGCCUGAGCACUCUCCACGGACCACUGGGCUGGGCUGCCGCCUGCACAGCGCCCCCAACCUGUCUGACUUCCAUGUUGUGCGCCCCAAGCUGCCCAAGCCCCCAACAGACCCGCUGGGAGCCACCUUCAGCCCACCCCAGGCCAGCGCACCCCAGCCAUGCCCGGGGCUACAGUCUUGCCGGCCACUGCGUGGCUCACCUAAGCUGCCUGACUUCCUACAGCGGAGUCCCCUACCCCCCAUCCUAGGCUCCCCCACCAAGGCGGGGUCCUCAUUUGACUUCCCGAAAGCUCCUAGCUCUCAGAAUUUGCUGACCCUGUUGGCUCGGCAGGGUGUAGUAAUGACACCCCCUCGGAACCGCACACUGCCUGACCUCUCAGAGGCGGGUCCUUUUCAGGGCCAGCAGCUGGGCUCUGGCCUGCGGCCUGCUGAAGACACCAGGGGCCCCUUUGGCCGGUCCUUCAGCACCAGCCGUCUUACGGAUCUGCUGCUCAAGGCUGCAUUUGGGACGCAGGCCUCUGACUCAGGCAGCACUGACAGCUUGCAGGAGAAGCCUAUGGAGAUUGCUCCCUCUGCUGGUUUUGGAGGGAUCCUGCAUCCAGGAGCCCGUGCUGGAGGGGCCAGCAGCCCAGCACCUGUGGUGUUCACCGUGGGCUCCCCACCCAGUGGUACCACACCACCCCAGGGCACCCGCACCAGAAUGUUCUCAGUGGGCUCUUCCAGCUCCCUGGGCUCUGCCGGCUCUUCCUCUGCCCGCCACUUAGUACCUGGGGCCUGUGGUGAGGCCCCUGAGCUUUCUGCCCCAGGCCACUGCUGUAGCCUUGCUGACCCCCUUGCUGCCAACUUGGAGGGGGCUGUGACAUUCGAGGCUCCUGACCUCCCAGAAGAGACCCUCAUGGAGCAAGAGCACACGGAGACCCUACACAAUCUGCGCUUCACACUUGCAUUUGCACAGCAAAUUCUGGAGAUUGCAGCCCUGAAGGGUAGUGCCAGUGAGGCGGCCGGGGGCCCUGAAUACCAGCUUCAGGAAAGUGUGGUGGCUGACCAGAUCAGCCAGUUGAGCCGCGACUGGGGCUUUGCAGAACAGCUGGUACUAUACUUGAAGGUGGCCGAGCUUCUAUCCUCGGGCCUACAGACUGCCAUUGGCCAGAUCCGAGCUGGCAAGCUCUGCCUUUCAUCCACUGUGAAGCAGGUGGUACGCAGACUAAAUGAGCUGUAUAAGGCCAGCGUGGUGUCCUGUCGGGGCCUGAAUUUACGGCUUCAGCGCUUCUUUUUGGACAAACAACGGCUGCUGGAUGGGAUCCAUGGUGUCACCGCUGAGCGGCUUAUCCUUAGCCACGCCGUGCAGAUGGUGCAAUCUGCUGCCCUGGAUGAGAUGUUCCAGCACCGAGAGGGCUGUGUACCACGCUAUCACAAAGCCUUGCUACUGCUGGAGGGGCUACAGCACACACUCACGGACCAGGCGGACAUUGAGAACAUUGCCAAGUGCAAGCUGUGCAUUGAGCGGAGACUCUCGGCCCUGCUGAGUGGCAUCUGUGCCUGACUGCUUGCUACCAGUCUGCUGUGCCCUUGGAGUCCAGUCCCCUCUGCCACCCUGCAGGGUAGGGUCUGAAACCUGGCAGACUGUCCUUCCUGACACUGAUCUGAUGGUGCUGAGACUGCUGCCAGCCACGUCCAGCAGGAAUGCUACAUGGUGGACCUGUAUAGGCUGAUGCAACUCUUGCUUCCUAGGCUGCCAGUCUCUGCUGGUAGAUGGACGUCAAAGUGCCAGGGACAGCUCCCUUGCCCACUGGGACAGGAGUUUCUGAGCAUAUCCUUCCCAGCUGGCUCCCUUGGCAGGCAGGUGUGGCGCUGAGAGGUGGUAGGCUGGUGAGCGUGGGCACCUGCCACCUGCAGAGCCCACAGCAGCCCCAUGGACAGGCAAGGCCCUGAGACUGUUGCUGACUCGAAGCCAAAGCGAGCUUUUUCUCACAGCUCACUUGCCCCUUUGUCCAGGAAAAAAGGGUGUGGCCUUUUGACCUCCUGAUAUCUCUAGGAACCUCUCCCUCUGAGGCUACCCACCCAGCUUUGUAAGUCACCGGAGCACUUUAUGCAGACAGAGACUGGAGAACCUCAGCCAGCCCCUCAGACUGCUGGGAACCCGCCUCCCGUUCCUGGCUCUUGCUCUCCAAGAUGCUGUACAGAUGCAGACCAUGUCUACGUGUAUAAAUAGCCCAGUGUGCACCUCCA